AGCUCAAGCAUCUCAUCCGACGUGAGUUCAAGUACAGAUCACACACCCACCAAAGCCCAGAAGAAUGCAGCUACCAGUGAAGACUCCGACCUGAGCAUGCGGACACUCAGCACACCCAGUCCAGCAUUAAUAUUCCCACUGAAUUCCCCCGGUUUCCAGAAUGGCAGGGGGUCAUCGACAUCUUCAUCCUCAGUCACUGGGGAAACUGUUGCCAUGGUCCACUCACCACCUCCCACCCGGCUCACUCACCCGCUCAUCCGGCUGGCAUCCAAGCACCAGAAGGAACAGGCCAACAUAGACCGGCUGCCCGACCACUCCAUGAUCCAGAUCUUCUCCUUCCUGCCCACCAACCAGCUGUGCCGCUGUGCCCGCGUGUGCCGCCGCUGGUAUAACCUUGCCUGGGACCCCCGACUCUGGAGGACUAUUCACCUGACCGGCGAGACAAUCAACGUAGACAGGGCUCUUAAAGUGCUGACCCGGAGGCUUUGUCAGGAUACACCCAACGUAUGUCUCAUGUUGGAGACGGUAAUUGUUAGUGGCUGCAGGCGGCUCACGGACAGAGGACUCUAUACCAUUGCCCAGUGCUGCCCAGAACUGAGGAGGCUGGAAGUGUCUGGCUGUUACAACAUCUCCAAUGAGGCGGUCUUUGAUGUCGUGUCACUGUGCCCAAAUCUGGAACACCUGGAUGUGUCAGGCUGCUCCAAAGUAACGUGCAUCAGCCUGACCCGCGAGGCCUCCAUCAAGCUGUCUCCCUUGCACGGGAAGCAAAUAUCCAUCCGCUACUUGGACAUGACAGACUGCUUCGUCCUGGAGGACGAGGGGCUGCACACCAUCGCCGCCCACUGCACCCAGCUGACCCACCUCUACCUGCGCCGCUGCGUCCGCAUCACCGACGAGGGUCUCCGCUACCUGAUGAUUUACUGCACGUCCAUCAAGGAGCUCAGCGUCAGCGACUGCCGCUUUGUCAGCGACUUCGGGCUGCGGGAGAUCGCCAAGCUGGAGUCGCGCCUCCGCUACCUGAGCAUCGCGCACUGCGGCCGCGUCACGGACGUGGGGGUCCGCUACGUCGCCAAGUACUGCGGCAAGCUGCGCUACCUCAACGCGCGGGGCUGCGAGGGCAUCACGGACCACGGCGUGGAGUACCUCGCCAAGAAUUGCACAAAACUCAAAUCGCUGGAUAUCGGCAAGUGCCCUCUGGUCUCAGACACCGGCCUGGAGUUUCUAGCCCUCAACUGCUUCAACCUGAAGCGCCUGAGCCUGAAGUCGUGCGAGAGCAUCACUGGGCAGGGCCUGCAGAUUGUAGCUGCCAACUGCUUCGACCUGCAGAUGCUGAACGUGCAGGACUGUGAGGUCUCUGUGGAUGCCCUGCGGUUUGUGAAACGACACUGCAAGCGCUGUAUUAUAGAGCACACCAACCCUGCCUUCUUCUGA